CGCCAACAUGGCGGCUCCCAGCGGCCGCCGGCCGCAGCCCGCGGGGCCGGGCGGGGGCAGCGGGGCCGGGCCUGGGCCUGGGGCUCUGCGGGGUGCUGAGGAGGACGCCGAGGGUCUCUACGUGGCGGUGGAGCGCUGUCCGCUCUGCAACACCACGCGCCGCCGCCUCACCUGCGCCAAGUGCGUCCAGAGCGGCGACUUCGUCUUCUUCGACGGGCGCGACUCCGAGAGGUUUUCAGACAAGAAAGAAAGGCUGAUGCAUCUUAAAACCAAACAGAGAGAAUUCCAAAAACAUGUUUUGAAGGCCAUGGAAGGGAAAGAAAUAACUGAUCAGCUGAGAUGGAAAAUAAUGUCUUGCAAGAUGAGGAUUGAGCAGCUGAAACAGACCAUUUGCAAGGAAAAUGAUGAAAUGACAAGACACACAGAGGGGCUGCUGAGGAUUAAAGAGGAGAACCAGAAGCAUUAUCGCCGGGCUCAGAGGCACCAGGAGAAGAAAGAGAAGAUCCAGAGGCACAACAGGAAGCUGGGAGACCUGGUGGAGAAAAAAACCUAYGACCUGAAAACUCAGUACGAGCACCUGGCAAACCUGCGCCGGUCACACAUCCUGGAGCUGACCUCGGUCAUUUUUCCCAUUGAAGAAGUGAAGACAAGCAUGAGGGACCCUGCAGACGUGUCCUCCGAGAGCGACAACGCCAUGACCUCCAGCACUGUGAGCAAACUGGCAGAGGCACGGAGAACCACGUACCUGUCAGGGAGGUGGGUGUGUGAUGACCACAAUGGGGACACCAGCAUCAGCAUCACGGGGCCCUGGAUCAUCCUCCCCAACAAYGGAGACUACUCGGCUUACUACAACUGGGUGGAGGAGAAGAAGACCACACAGGGACCUGAUAUGGAACAUAAUAACCCUGCUCAUACCAUCAGUGCUGCAUUGUGCUAUGCAACUCAGCUYGUUAACACUUUGUCUCUCAUACUUGAUGUAAAUCUUCCCAAGAAGCUCUGCAACAGUGAGUUCUGUGGAGAGAAUCUCAGCAGGCACAGGUUCACACGGGCAGUGAAGAAGCUGAAUGCCAAUAUCCUUCACCUCUGCUUCUCUCAGCAUGUAAAUUUAGAUCUGUUGCACCCCCUGCAUACCCUCAGGAACCUCAUGUACCUGGUCAGCCCAGACACUGAGAACUUGGGCAGAUCCGGCCCCUUCGAAAUCAGCGCUGACCUGGAAGACUCCAUGGAGUUCGUGGAGCCCAGCGCGGCGGGCGAGACGGACGAGAGCGGCGACGAGCACGUGAGCGACGAGGAGACGGACCUGGGCACGGACUGGGAGAACCUGCCCAGCCCCAGGUUCUGCGACAUCCCCUCGCAGCAGGUGGAGAUGCUGCAGAGCCAGAGCAGCCAGGUGUCACAGCCCAUCGCCAGCAGCAGCGCCGGCGGGAUGAUCUCGUCCGCCGCCGCCUCCGUCACCUCGUGGCUCAAAGCCUACACCGGGCACCGCUAGCAGGAACCCUCCCCGASCGUGCUGUAGUCAACCUUUACCCAUUCAGUUAAGUAGUGCCUGGAAUAAGGGAAAGGUCAGACUUUUGUUUUGUAAACCGGAGAAAACCUUUUUAUUUACCCAGGAUGACUGUGACGGCCCCGUUUUGUAAAUUAGCUCCGUKCUCCCGACGGAUUCGGUGAGGGCACUUUGUGUCUUGGUUCUGUCUGCAUCGAGGAUUGUAAAGGACCCAGCAACCUCCAGCUCUACUUUCUGAAGCAGAAACAGAUUUUGGAGUGUUUGGAUCGGGAUGAGGCUGCUCAGGGUGCGGUCUGGACAGUGGUGCAAAUGCAGUUCCCACUUUCUUAACUCCUUACAGGGUUUUCCUUUGUGUGUGUGUUUUAAAUCUGUCUUGCAUAAUGCAAAAAUGCGUAUUUCUAAAUUUUUUUCAUUCAGGACAUGAAAAUUGUGCAUUUUUAACAUGUUUUCUAAUCUCUGUUGCCAUAUUUUUAAUACAAAUAAUCAGCAUGGACAGGGAAUUCACACAGCAAAUUGCUCUUGUUUUAGAUUUGGUUGUGAAUCUUUCCCCAGUUUUGCCGUAGCAGACUGGCUUGUUUCAUGCUGUUUCCACUGGUAGGUGUAGAAGUUUYGUGUUGUGCUGCCUGAGGCACACAGAUUCUGUACUCUUUAAUACCAUACACCAAAGAAACACUGGACAUUCUCUGGCUCAACCCACAUUCGAUGCUGAUACAGGAUUGCACUGUUGCAAUAAUGCCCAUCCAUGUGUUGCCACUUUUUAGCAUUAGAAAAAACCUCAUUUCAAGCCAGUUUGGUGAGGUCACACGUUCUCCACACUACACGUGUUUUUAACCCUGUUUUAUUUGCUGUUCUCGGUGGGGUUUAUUGUUUACUGGCUGCCAGGAAGGUGGUUUGGUGUCCCUGGCACUGCUGGCUCGUGGAGCCCCGCCAGGGGAUGAGGUGGAGAACAGGGCUCCUCCUCUGCCUCUGCCUUGCAGGACGGGGUCUUUGCUCAGCAAAGCUUCCAGCGUUUACAUUCAGAGCUGGGACAGUUCCCCUGCAAGGGCAGAGCCUCCUGCCCUCCCUGCAGGGGAGGAUUUCUGCUGCUGCCCCGCAGCUCCUAACGGGGACACGACAAGGCCGUGGUGGGUGACACAGAGCCCACAUCUCUGCCUGAUCCCAGCUCCAGGGCUGGCUUUCCAGCCUCUUCACGGGGUGUUUUGUCGUGGUUUGCUCUGUUCCUCUCCAGCCUGGYCAGUGCUGCCUCUGUCCCCACCUGGGAGGGGUGGGAAGCCGGGUGUGGCAGUGACACCCGUGUGCCCCAUAUCGGGGACAGGCUGACUAUGGUGUCUGCCACCCCCACCCCACCAUGGCAGCUGCUUUUCUUUAGCCCUGAGCUCAGUUACUGUUGUCAGUAGUUUCUUUUAAUUUUUUUUUUUUUUUUUAAACCAAAGACCCUUAACUCCUCACGUUGUCAGACAACACCCCCUGGCUCCUGCCACUGCUGUGCUCUGAGAGCUGGGUUUGUUUAGGAGAAGAGCCCAGGCCCCUGGACUGCUGCAGCCUGAUGGGGRUCAGUGCCCCCAGACCCAGCCCGGGGUCGGGCUCUGUUGGCUCACAGCACUUUAGCACUCGCAGCUCUGAGGAACCAGCACACACCAGUAUUGGAAACUGGGCCCCCAGCCCAGCCCCUUCUGCUUCCCCGUGUAUUUUGCACUGGACCCCGCCAUCUAAAUAMCUUUUUUUGUUGUUUUUUAAUAGGCAUUUCAGCCCCUUUUUCAUUGCUGCCUUUGUGCUUUGAGCCCUGGAAGGUCAGCCCAUGACUCAGCUUYGUGCACUGUCACUGAACUUAGGGAAAGAAAAUCCAACACAAUAACUUUUCUAAGCCAUAUACUGCCUAUCCRUGUUUUCCAAAAUAAUUUAUUUGCAACCCUGUCGUAUUCUGAGAGUGCACAAGGGCACCAUGAGGGUGUUCAAAGACGUUGGGGUGGGGUUUUUCGUGGAACGUUUUUUUUGUAACAGAACACAAGGUUGUGGUGGUUUUUCUUAAAAGUGUUUUGCACAUGUGUAGCUGAGGAAGAAUUURUGUGUGUCCAAACCUUGAGUGCAAUCACCAGGAUUCGUUUUCCAGGUUGUUUGGGGGCGUGGGGGAGGGAGGGCAGGAAUAUCUGUAAUUAUAGAUAUUUGAAGGCAGGCAGCUGAGAGUUUACAAAACAUUUUGCGUAGCAUGAACACAGGAAUUUCAGUUCAGGCCGGGACUUGUGGUCAUGAGCAGUGACCUGGGAUGGCCAAUUUGGGCUGCCAGGGACGAGCCUGAUUUUGGGGGCCCAGCCCUGUGCCAGGUUUUGGGUGGGACACCCAGGGGUGGCUUUGUCACCUGCAGAACCUCGCAGCCCCUCUCUCACAACUUCCAGACUUAAGAUGUAACACAAAUGGUUUGGUUUGUUUUUUUUUUUCUUCUAAAUUUUAUUGUAUUAUUGCAAUAAAUCUUUAACAGUAAUUUUUUUAAAGUUGUAUAUUUAUGACCGUUACUUCUGUGUGGUUUGUUUUUCACCGUGCUGGGCAAAGUACACAAGAAUUUCCAGCUUUCAAAGCAUGACAGGGACCAGACCUGUUACAGUGCAAUCAGUCGUACAGCGGUGGAAUAAGCAAUACCCAUUCUAAAAAAAUACUCUUACAUAAAAUAACUGCAUCUCCAUGGGAGCAGGGGGUGGAGUCCUGCACAACACACACACACACACACACACAUCCCUCUAUGUACAUGUAAACGGGUAAAACCUCUCGUGUGAGCCCGGCCUGGGGCUGCUCCUGGGCCGGGGGUUGUUUGUUUCUGCAGGUGCUGGGUUCCUUCUGCAUGCAAAGGGAAAAAAGCUCCUCGUUACAAGGUCAUUUCAGGGUGCAAAAGGGAGUCUUUGAAGGUUGGAGUUAUUAAAGUGAAGCAGUGUCAGAGCGAUGGGGAAGGGCCAGGCAGGCUCUGCCCACGGGCCCUGGCAGCCCAUGAUUUAUGGGCUGCUGAUGAUGGAGCAGAAUCGAGCCCUCCCAGCCCAUCUUUUGUGAUGGAUCUGAUGGGGAGGGCUGAUGGCCCUGUUUUCCAGCUGUUGGGCACUCAGGAUGGGGAGCAGCAGCCACCUGGGGCUCCUGCACAGGGAGCUGGGCCAGUUGAUGGUCACAGCACAGCCAGGUCAUGGCCAGGGCAAAGCAAAGCAAAGCCUGG